CGCCGUGUCAAUAACAUGGAAAAUCGCGACUUUCAUAUGUUGUUAUAUGACGUAUUUAACAUUUUGUUAAAGUGGAUAAAACAUGGCGUCUGUUACACGAAGAUUUAUCCUAGAAAAGAAACGGUAAAAUUACUUUCUACGCGGAAGUCACAUUUUUAUAAUCACGUGUAUUAAUAUACUCUAUAUUCUACCAUUUUAGUGCGUUAGAAGCUAGCAAUCAAAAGUGUCAGAAAUGCUUAGAGGUUGGUCAUUGGACAUAUCAGUGCACGAAUAAACGUAAAUAUCUACACCGUCCUUCUAGAACGACUGUGAUGAAUAAAGAACAAAAGAAAAAAAUAGAACUUAAAAACCGGUAUGGAACUUUACAUUUUGUAUUUGUUUAGCAGUAAUUGGCAAAGUGCAUAUUAUGACAGGGCUGCCGAGAGGUUGGCGGGGGCCCGGGGCAAAUUUUUUUGUAGGGGCCCCUAUCUAAAAGGCAAUUGCUAGAUAGUAUACUUCAAAAUAAGGUUUCCGUUUUUUAUAUCAAUUUUUAAAAUAAUUAAAAUAAGUUAGGGUUAGGUUAGGGUUUAGGUUAGGAUUAGGUUGGGGUUAGGGUGAGGGUUAGUAUUAGGGUUAGGGUUUAGUUUUGUGUUAGGAUAGUUUUUUCUACGUUAUAAAAACGGAAACCUUAUUUUGAAGUAUACUAUCUAGCGAUCACCCUAUCUAAAAAAUGUUUCCGAAAAAAUUUUUUUCCGGAGAACAACCUCCCCCCCCUCCCCCCCCCGUCAACAACUUUUUAGGUAAAAAAAUUUUCCGGACAAGUACAUUGCAAUUGACUUUAUCACAUUUUUUCAUGCCAAAUUUCGGUACUUAGCUCAAAAAAACAGAUAUCUUGUCCUUUGUGCGGAAAUAUUUAACACACAACAAAACUGGGGCCCAACAAAAACUUUUCAGGAGCCCCCAGCACCUCGGGGCCCGGGGCAAUUUGCCCCCCCCCCUGCCCCCCCUCUCUGUGGCCCUGAUCACUGAGAGCUAUAUGUGCAGCAGUCACUUGACUGGGAGUCCCAGUAGGGGUGUUAGAGGAAAAUGUCCCCCUGGAUCUCUGGGGAAAUUGCUAAGUAAGCCUAAGUUUGCUUCAGGAUUUCUGGUAAUGCACUAAAAAGUUGCGGGCUCACCUCUUAGGGGCUGUUUAUAUGGAAGCGAGCCAGCCCGGGUACCCGAGCUGGCUCGUAUCCCCAAGAUGAAUUUCACCACACGUUUACAUGGAACUUACAUCAAGGGCUGGCUCUUCUUGUUCUAAUUUUUUUUGGCGUAAACAACUCCAUAUAUGGAAGUUGUUUCCUUAUAUGGGAGUUGUUUGUGCAUUCUGAAUUAUUCUAAUUAUUUGCGCAUGCGUAUUUGCUAAAUUUCCAGCCCUACUAGGAGGGCUAGCCCUCCCUGUUGCGUUUAUAUGGAAAACUACCCAGCCCGUUUACCCGAGGUCUCGGGUCACACGAAGCGGGACCUCGGUUAGGCGGGCCAGCUCGGUUCUCAUAUAAACACAACAUGAAAUUUAGUAGGAAAUAUUAACAAAGACGGGAUCCCGCCUAGAGCGAGCUAGCUCGGGUACCCGAGCUGGCUCGACUCAUAUAAACAGCCCCUUAGAUAUUACAAUUUGCUGUUUAAUGUUCAUGUGUAUAUUAUUUGUUGAGGUAGCAAGAGUAAAAAUGAGGUACAGUUAAUCAGGAGUACUAAGUUAAUACAAGGGAUACUGUAAUAUAUACUACAAUAAUACUACAAUAAAGUGUAUUAUUGUAGUAUAUAUAUUACAGUAUUCCUCGUAUUAACGCAGUACUCCUGAUUAACUGUACCUCAUUUUCACUCUUGCUACCUCAAUUUUCACGUUUGCACUGGCCGUUCAGUGUAUCAGUUUAGACAAAUUAAAAUGUGGUUUUGUGGAAUAAACAAAUACGCACAUAUUCUGCAAACUAGGUGUAUCUCGUCAUUUCAAUUGCAAACCAAACACCAGGAGAGCAUGAUUCCAAUUUCAUGACUAUAGGUAUCAGUGCAUUUUUAAGAAUUCUUCAGUGGUGGGGCAAAACUGCCAAACAGCCCAUUUUUCCUUUCCCUCCCCCCAGGAUAGUAUGCAACCUAAGUUUAUGUGUGCUCACCAACAAAUUUGUUUUUAAACUUCUUUUCAAUGUUAAACUAAUUUACUCAAUACAGGUCCCAACGUUGUUCCCAGGGCUUAAUGAGGUUGUACAGGUCCUAGGACCCGGGCUUUGGGGCAAUAGGCCAUUUUUAUUCUUCAGUGGUUGGGCAGAGGAAGGGGUCCAGUGGGGCAAAUGUCCCACCAGUCCAUGGUAUUAAAAAAUACCUUGAUAUGUAUAUGUUUUCAUAUUUUCCUGCUCAAGGAUGAUUUUAAAAUCUGAAAUACAGAACUAAAAUUUGCCCUAUACAUUAAAUGUCAUAACUUGGAAGUGUUGCAUUCAGUUGUAAUAAAGCCUGGUGUUCUACCCUUGGAGAGGAGCUGUUUGUAUGAACAGUUUCUCUGUGGAGCAAGAGUGGAAAGCACUUUUAAGGGGGCUUCCUACUGUUUUUUGGCAAGAGGAAAAUUUACCAUUCAGGGAGGAAUUUUUGAACAAUGGUUACUUGUUGAAAAGCAAAUAGUAUCUGAGUUUUAGAAAAUGCUACAUGACGAGUAUAAAUAUUUUGCAUAUAUGAUGUCACUGCUGUUCCCAUGGUAACCAUGAUGUUUCAAUAUGGCCGAUGUUUUGGUUUUAACCUAAUUUAAUAAAAAAAAAACAGCGAUGACCUGUGACCACGUUUUUCAUUUGUUACAGUAAACAUUUUCAAUUAGUGAGAAUAAUUAAUCAACCGUUGUGGCUUUGGAGGCUGACGUAAUUAAUAGUGAUAUUGAUGUAUGUGAUGUUUCAGAAACCCAUCAAAAAUGGGAUAUUCUCAAUGCUGUUGUUAAUUAAUAUGCAGAAUUUUUCAGUGUAUUUGAGAGACAGAAAUUGGUUGGAAAGAGAUUUAAGAAUCCAAAGGACGUGUUGCAAUCUAUGUUAGGAACAAUAUUACAGUUACUUACACCUAUCCAUCAACUUUAUAAUUAUGAACUUUUUGACUAACAUUACUAUUAUCCACAGGCCAACAGAUGUUAGUGUGUGGUAUUCACAACCCCCUCCUCCAGCAUACUUACCAGGAAAGUGAAUUAAUGAAGUGCCGUACCAUACCUUAUUAACAUUGUGGAUGACACACUAGAGUUAGGUGGGGACCUAAAUCGACUUGACUUGGGAAUCCUGCAUGCUCUGUCUGGUUGGGAGGUACUGGUGGACUUCACAACUAGAGGAAAUGCCUGCCUAGAUAAUUGUUUGACUAUAAUCGUCUAGUUGUCCAGAAUUAUUUUGCAAGUGCUGCCCUUUUCAAACCUUAAUGAUGACAGAUCAUAAAGACAUCAUAUACUACCAGCAAGUACAUAAAUUAAAACCAAUCAGGCACAAAGUUUGUAUACGCGACUGUAGAGAACAUCGAAAAAUUACCUUGCACAUGCAUGCAACCAAGCUCGUUGACGUUGUGCCGAAACGUGGGAUGAGGUUUUGAAUUUGGAAGAUAUAGAUCAAGCAGUGAAUCUCUUGGAAAAGAAAAUUGAGAGCCUUAUGAACAGAUGCAUGCCCUUGAUAUGAGAUCCAAUUUGAAUGACACCUCUGCUUAAAUCGAUGCUUAAGACUAAAGGCCCAUACAGACCGGACGCGAUUUGGCAACGCCACGCGAAUUUUCAUUUUUCAAUGACAUUUAACUUUAAUAUUUUUCAAUGUUUUUCAAAUAUUCGGGACCACUUAAGCAAUUUUAGCUAUUUGGUCUGCAUAUCUUGUAAAAAUUUUACCCGUUGACGAGUUUUAUUUGUUUUUGAAAACUGAAAAUUCGCGUCGCGUUGCCGAAUCGCGUCUGGUCUGUGUGAGCCUUAAGGCGAGAGUUUCCAAAUUUAAUACAGAGUGGCUCAGAACAAUUGACAUGAGAAUAUCACAGGUUAUCGUUAUCUUAUGAAAAUUGAAUUUCUGUAGAUCGCAUUGAAAGCCGUCGGUGGUGGAAAGGGAUUAAUGUUAUUUCCCAGCGAAAAUCUUGCUCUGCCAAUAUUACACUUGAUAAAGAUACAUUAAGGAAUAAUUAUUUUGAGAAUUUGUGUUUCGAUCAUUCCCACAUUAAGCCAGAGUUUCUAAACGUCGAUGGUGAAGUGGAAAUUCCCAAGGUUAGCGAGGAGCAUGUCUGGUGCCUAUACUCAGUAAAAAGAACAGCAAAUGGACCAGACAAUCUGCCUUAAUUAUUGGAUAUGGAAAGAUUACUCAGGCAUUUUGGCCCCAAUAAUAAACGAAAAUUUGGAAUUUAUCCUUAGUUACACCUGGUCUACUUCGAAACGGGCUAAUAUUAAUUAAUCCCUUACCCAAAGUAUAUCUACCAAAGGAGGACAGUGACUACCGAGGAAUAAAUGUGACCCCUGUGAUAGCCAGAGCAUUCGAGAGGAUAGUGUCAGGUGUCCCAGGAAAUCCCCCCCCCCCAAAACUUUGCCCCCCCCGGACCAUAUUUCCUAGGAAAUAUGCCACCCGCCUGGGGCCAUAUUUCCUAGGAAAUAUGCCCCCCCCCCCCUUCGGAAAUUUGGCCCCCUCGAAAACAUAGUUUAUUUUAUCGCUAUAAGCUUGGAAAUCGUGAAGCUUCUUCUAAAACCAAGAUCCUAAAAGUGUUUGUCAGUAUUUAUAGUUAGUUUGCAUACUUUAUUUGUGUCGAAAUUCUUCAUUGCGGCCAAGAACCAAGAUGUUACAAGUUAUUUAGAUCUAUAAAAUUCAGUCACAUAGUAUAAAAUUAGUUAGAAUAACAACUGCACCUUAGCAAACGAUGACAUCAUGCGUUGGCGAAUAUGUUAAUAUGCACGCGUCUAAUAAAUAACAGGGAGUACUAACAUUAUAUAGGGUAAAAGGAAACGUUUGUUCGAAAAACAAAAUCAAAGGAGUGGUUAUUUCGUAAAAACGAAAGUAGACUGCAUGCUUCAUGGCUCACAAAACAUUCGCACACAGAAAAGCACAUUUGAUGAAACUAGAUGACUCACAAAAACAUUCCGCAAACACGCAAAAAAAAACAAAGGUUACAUGCAGCAGCUACAUAAAAUCCGUCAGUGUUGUAAGCAAUUCUCUUGGCCUAAUUCUCGUCAGUAUUGCAAUUCAGUGGAGAAUUUUGUUUUUACACAAAAAGUAUACGCAAACUAACUAUAAAUGUUGAGAAAAAUUUCUAGAAAUUUGGUUUUAGUAGAAGCUUUGCGAUUUCCGAGCCAAAAGAUAAAGUAAACUAUAAAUUUUUAGAGGGGGGCAAAUUUCCGAAGGGUGUGGGGGCCAUAUUUCCUAGGAAAUUUGGCCCGGGGAGGCCAAUGUGCUUAUCUUGGCAAUCCGAGCUGUAAAGCAGUGAGACUUUUCGGUAUGCACCUCAGGAAAGCUUUCGAUUCCGUCAAACAUAACCUGCUCGUUGAUAAAUUGAAAAAUUACCAACAUGUCAUUAAUUGGUAUAUUAGCUUUCUUGAAGGUAGGCAGCAGAGAGGUCUCUGUAAUUAAUGAUCAGGGGCCGGUUGUAUAAAAAAGUGAUUAAAGUUAAUCAUAGUUAAGUGGAAAUGUCAUCCAAUAAGAAGCGCCUAUUUGAGAGUCAAUCACUAUUUAACUACAAAAUAGUGAUUAAAAAAGUGAUUAAGAGUUUUAUACAACCUGCCCCUGGAAAUUAAGGUGGGGGUCUACCUAAACCACUCGAAAAAAUCGAUUUUCAUUUUUUGAGCUAAAUAGUUACUGUGGCAUGUAAUUGAUGUUGUGAAAGUAUUUAUUUGGUUGAAUUCAAAAAAUUGUUCUCCCAGGAGCUGUUUUAAACAACCUCACUAUAAUUUUUAGCUUGGUUGCCAUGGUAACGAAAGGGAGCAUCCUUCAUAUUUUUCAUGUUUUUGCUAAUAUACUGUUGUCUCUCCCCUCCCUAAUAUAAAAUAAUAAUGCAGGCUCAUCUCUAGAUGAUUUUGCAGCGGAGGUACAUGAAGAUUAUGCGCGUGUAUGCGUUUUUUCGAGAACUACCGAUUCAAACAGAGCAAAUUUUAAAAUGUGUUUCAAUAUUUCGUAAAUAUUGAUUACUUUUGUGUAUAUAUUUCUUAACAUUUGGUUAAAAAUAACGGACAAUGGUACACAGAAAACAUUAAAUGAAACAUUAUUCACUGGGGUAAAGAAAUGCGCGAUAAAGACGACGAUAAAACGUGAACACAUUCAUGCAUUCAAUACCAAUGUCAACAGUCAUCUUCGAAUCGUAUUUGGAUUCUUGGCAUCUUAUAAACAGAUAUUCAAACGUUUGUUCUGAUGCACUUAGUUGCUGUGAAUGGUGAACUGUGAUGUAAGUAUUUUUCUAUCAUUGAAUGAUUGAUUCUACUAUAUUACUAUAAGUCGAAAUGUUGCAGUAUUAAAGGGGCAAAUCAUUCUUAAUACAAUGUAAUUAGUAAUUAUUGCAAAAUUGCAAAUUUACAACAUUAUAUCAAGAGAUCAAUUUCCUCUACCCAAUUUUAGUACAGAUAUCAAUAGAUUAUUUCUUGCUUCAUUGUUAUAAUUUUAUUAUUUUAAUGCUUCUUGGUAUUAAUAUUAAUGAGGUUGUUUUUGUGCUGCAUUUUAGGGACUGUAAUCACAUGUCAAGGCCUACCAAGUUUGAGAGCUUAUUUUGGGCUGAAUAUGUUUAUCGAAUGUACCACUUGGAGCAAAAGGACAAGAAUACAGUUACAGAUAAUUUUAUUUUAAUAUUGAAUCAUGUAAUUUGGUAUCGACAAUUGAUUGUAUACAAAAAACUGUGGUAUUAAAAUGUUGGUCUGCAUGCACCUUUGGUAAGCACAAUGAGUGCCAUCACUGCCGUGUGCAUCCUUAAACAUCCUUGUUAGCAGCAAGUGGGUUCAGCAAAGAAAAUGAUGGAAAAUUUAGCUAUACAAAUUGAGAACUGGAUUGGGAUUUCCUGUUAAUUAACACUCAGGAACAUCUUUUAAACCAACCAUCAAACUGCGGGAAAACCAAAUGGUGAUGCAAGACAUAACAACAUUUGGACGGAAUGGUAGAAAAAUCAAAAUUUAAAAGGAUUCUUAUUAUAAACAAGUAAAUCUUGAAAAAGAAAUGACUUCACAUGACAAUUGAUGAUGAGGGAUGUCCAGCACAAUUUUAAUUGUCUAAAAUAUCGAGUAUAGUGUAUAUUUUAACAGUUGGUAGUUCAUAUUUGAUAACUUAUACUUUAUAGACGUUUUCCCGAAAUGUGGUAUUUUUCAUCUUUGAAAAAAGAUAAUUCUUUACCAAUUUGACCAAUCUGGCUGAAAUUUUCAGUGUUAAUAGAGCUCAUCAUGAUAAGUGUUUUCAACGAUAGAAUUUGGCACAUGUUGUAAUGCUGCCAUUUUAUCGAGGAAAUAUGCCAGGAUUUUUGGAAGAAAAUCGAACCAAAAUUUUGCAGCAAUGUUGUGCAAAAACUACAUGCAGCAUAAAAAAUUCCAUCGCUGAAAACAAUCUACUUGCUUUGUAGUCAACAAAUAGCUCUUAGUGGUAAAAUUUGAUUAAAAUUGUAAGGCUGUAUUUUUUCCCAACUAACAGUGAUUUGUAUGAGACAUGCACUGUGUUUAAUUACUAGAUGGCAGGAUAAAUAUUACAGGUAUGAGAAAGACCUUAGUAUUUUUAGAAUCUAUGCUAUAUAGGCUUUCUAAUGAUAUAUAGUUUUGUAUAGCUAUCUAAAAAACUUGGCGAGUAAUAGGCUUGCAAAUGUGGUCAACCGGAAUAUCGCAAGUUUAGGUAGACCCCCACCUUAAGGAAAAUAGUGACGACACCCUUUGUAAAAAUGCUGACGAUUCCACCAUAAUAGCACCAGUACCAUAGAGAUUAUAAAUAACACUAGAGGAGGCAUUGUAAUCUUAAUUCAGUAAAAAAAAGGGAACGCGACUAUUGGGGGGCAAAUUCAAGUCCCGGAUGUGUAUUCGUGUUCCCAUUGGUGACGAGUUUCAAAUCAGCCAAUGAGAGCACGAUUUUAUAUCCGGGACUUGAAUUUGCCCCCCAUUAGAUGCGUUCCCAAUUUUUAAACUCGAUGCCUCCUCUAGUGUUAUUUAUAAUCUCUAUGACCAGUACGGAAUGACGAGGAUUGCUCAAAUGAACUUGUUAGUUAAUUUAUGAAUUGGACAGAUAGAAAAUACAUGUCAUGUAAUUCUGAGAAAUACAAAGACGUUUCAUACUGUAAAAAAGGAAAGGAGGCUUUUCCAACAAUUUUGAACAUACCACAAUGUGAAUAUUCGUCUUUGUGUAUUAUUGCAGGUUUACAUUGCAUGUAAAUUUGAGACAGUUAGGUAAAGAGGGGUAUUACCAAGCCGAGAUUGACUAUCUUUUUAAGUGCAUUGUGUUGCCUAACAUUAUCUAUGUUUAUGGUGCAGUUAAACACUGUUCAAUGCUUCCUGAGUUCCUGUAUCGGUGUCCUAAACGCGGUUAUACUUUGAAAUAUGUGAAUGUGCACAAACCUUUAGGACGUCAGGAUAAACAGAUUAGUGGAGCUUGGUGUAACGAAAAUUGGUAUAACUCAUUUUGGCGGUAUUUUGCAUCGUAGCGCUCAUGUAAGGAAACAAAAAACGUUAAAAAUCUUAUGUUUUGUCAUAUGUGUUGACGAUUACCACAAACUGACAAAAACACAGUCUUUAAUCCAGUCCCCCCUCGGCUAUCUGACGUCCGUGUUGAAAAAAAGUCGCUUGCUUAAGCUCCUUGUUAUGAAGAAAGCAGCGACCCUACCUAAAUCAUCCAUACACCAGCGAUACACGGCGUGUCUCAAACGUUGAAUUUUAAAAAUCUACACUGGCGAUUUUUUUUUAAGUUGGCUAAAUAAUUAUUUUCACUAAUUGAAAUUUUUAAAGUUGGCCAAAUAAUUAUUUUCACUAAUUUUUUUUCAAGGAAAAAGUGGACAUAUUGAAAUGCAUGGUUACCAUAGCAACGGCAGUCCUUACAAACAAACAUUUCAUACUCCCAAGGUGUCCUGGAGUUGCCAUCAAAUUCUACAUUCAAGAAUGUUUUUACAUUGUGUGGUGAACACAUUCUUUUAAGUACAGCCUGUACAGGUGAUAGUAUGGUUUUGACUGCAACUUGUAAAAAACGUGCACAAGUGAGUUUUUCAAAGACGAUCAAAAUUGCACAAGUCCAAAGGACAGGUGUUUGUUUUUCUAAAUUGGACGAGAAACCAUACUAUUACUUAUUAAUGAUAUACAUGAAAAAUUAGAUAGCACAUGCGCACUCACCUCCGCUAUUUAAACAUUGCUUGUUAGCAAACAUUUUCAGUCUAUGUGCUCCUUGUACUUAAAUUGUUAUAUUCACGUAAUUGUUACAUUGAGUAUUUUUUUCAUGUAUAUUAUUAACAAUGUAACGUCAAUAUGUUCAAAAUGCAAGUCAACCCACCCUGACCCUAACGCAACAUACUGUAUAUUCAUAUUUGUGGAAAUCCAAGAUUACUUAUACUGGUACAAUGCGAACUCAUCAGCUGACCUGAUGUCAUGCUGUCAAAUUUCAGAACAAAUUUCGAAGGCUUAAAGACAUGUACGGUACAUGAUCCUGCUCUUGUAUCGUACCAUAUUUAUAGUGUUGUUAUAGUUAUAAUAAUUAUUUUAUCAGCAAAUCUCAACAAUAUAUAUGAUAGAAUUGACCAUUUGCGUAAUAGACUAAAUUUUGAACUAAACAAGUCUAGACAAAAAUUUCAUCACAGCUUGAAGGAGCAUCACAAAAUUAGUAAUAUUCCAGAGUUUCGUUGCAAAAUGUUGUAAAAUGCGGAAAAUAUAGCCUUGCGAAAUUUGCAAUUUUCAGUCAUUUUAGAUUACAAACGGGAAAUUGACAGCCCCAAACCCUUCGAGGCUGUCAAUUUCCGGUUUGUAAUCUAAAAUGACUGAAAAUUGCAAAUUUCGCAAGGCUAUAUUUUCCGCAUUUUACAAUAUUUUGCAACGAAACUUUGGAAUAUUACUAAUUUUGUGACGCUCUUUCAAGCUGUAAUGAAAUUUUUGUUGAGAUGAAAAUUUAGUCUAUUACGCAAAUGGUCAAUUGGUAAUAAAAUUUAUUUCUAGACAAGAAGAUGGUCAAACAAAAAUUAGGAAAAGGAAAAAACCAAGGUAAUAUACUGGAGAUCAUGAUGGUCUAUAUACAAUCGAGUUUUUCUGGAUAAUUCAAUGUCGCAACGCAUGAUUAAAAAUAAACGCGUUAAAUCUGGUUAUUUGCAAGUUUAACUAAAUUUAAAUAAAUCAAGUUUAAAUUAGAUUUUUGUCUGAACUAACUGCAAAAUAUAAGAAACUUUUGACUUUUUGAUCAAGGGGCCUUCGCCAGUAAUUUGGUCCUGCACUUGAUGCAUGAGCGAAUGAAUUAUAAUGCGUACAUGCUAUAAUGAUUUCAAACACUCAUUAGUAAUUCAUAGGCUUAUUGCCAAAUCAUGUCAACCAUAAUAUGUCACGUGCAGUGGCUUUAAACCUAAAUAAAACACCCUGACUAUAUAAUGUAUCAUGAUGUCAUUUCUUUCCAGCGCUUCUGAUGCUGAUAGUUCAAGUUCAGCUUCUGAAGAUGAUUCUAGUUCUUUGGAUAGUUCAAGCAGUUCAAAAGAAUCAGAUAGCUCUAGUGAUAGUGAUAUCUCGAGUCAAAGCAGCAGUGAUGAUAGCAGUGAUUUAAGUGACUCAUCGUCAUCAUCGUCUUCGAGUUCAGAAUCCGAUGAUUCCUCCACAGAAAAACCUCGACGGAAAAAGAAAAGGAAAGAGUGAUGCUUUAUACAAUCUUGAAACAUCACACGAAUCGUAAUGUAUAUUCCUUUUUCUUCGUUAAAUUAUUGGUUCAAUGGUCAACAAUGAAGACUACAUGAUAUCAGCAGGAAUUUUACCGUUUUGUUGGGUUUGAUAUUUGGUUAGAUAUGAUGGUCGUUUUAAUGAAAAACGAUAAAAACGUUUUAUAUACAAUUCAGAUUCGUAUACUUAUCACAUCUCCUUACCACUAGUGGCUUGACCACUGAACAGGCGUUUUUAUCUAUAAAAUUUAAUACUAACAGUAGCGAAUAGAUUUCAGCUUUUUUAUGUUUUAUGUGCCAAUUUUAUGGGGUACCUGGAUUACGUGCCAAUACACCCUUUCGAUAAUUACGUCACAACUACACUGUUUUCAACUUAGGGUCACCUUGAAUGUAAAGGAUUUCAAGAUUUUUUCUCAUGGGCUAUGUACAGAGAAGCAGAACAUCCUUCUUCAACACAUGCAUGAAAAAGAAUUCUUUAUUUUGACCGAUAAAUGUGGAAAUAAGCUUUAACACGAAAACGCGGCUCCAGGUCAUGACCUGGAGCCUCGUUUUCGUGUUAAUGCUUAUUUCCAUAUUUAUUGAUCAAAAUCCAAAAUUGUUUUUCAUGCAUGUGUUGAAGAAAAAUGUCCUGCUUAUCGGUGCAUAGCCCAUGAGAAAAAACUUUUAAGGUGGUCCUAAGUUGAAAACAGUGUAGUUGUGACGUAAUUAUCGGAAGGGUGUAUUUAAUGGAGUACCGAAUAUACCCAUAUUUUCUAUAGUUUGAUGUUAUUUACUCAAAAUAAUUUUCAGUGUAAUAUUUAUAUUUAACCCCUUACAAAUUACCAAACGUAACAUAAAAUUAUUGCGUUAUUGAAAUUAUUAUUGUAUAUAAUGUAAAGUUGAGUUUUGUUCGCAUUGUUUUAUUAACAUUUUAUUCC